CAAGUCAGAACUAAAGAUCAUACUCGGAGGUCAAUAGAAUAUAGGUGCUAUUUGAAGUGCUGAGGUUGGGCCAGAUAACCUGGGGAGCUACACAGCAACCUCUAACUUCUAACUCCUGGGCUCAAGCGAUUCUCCUGCCUCAGCCUCCCAAGUAGCUGGGACUACAGGUGUCUGCCACAACGCCCGGCUAUUUUUUGGUUGCAGCCAUCAUUGUUGUUUGGUGGGCCUGGGCUGGAUUCCAACCCGUCAGCUCAGGUGUAUGUGGCUGGCACCUUAGCGGCUUGAGCCACAAGGGAACAACUUUCUAACAGAGUAGGAGGCAAGGCUCAGUGUCCAGCACCAAAGCACAGUGUUUACAGCACCAGCCACAUGCACUGAGGCUGGCGGGUUAGAGCCCAGCCGGGCCAGCUGAACAACAAUGACAACUUCAACAACACAACACAAAAAAAAUAGCGGGGUAUUGUGGUGGGCGCCUGUAGUCCCAGCUGCUUGGGAGGCUGAGGCAAGAGAAUUGCUUAAGUCCAAGAGUUUGAGGUUGCUGUGAGCUGUGAUGUCACAGCACUCCACUGAGGGCAACAUAGUGAGAUUCUGUCUCCAAAAAAAAAAAAGUAGGAGGCAAGUCCCAGAAGGGGAGCCGAAGCAGAAGGUAGAAGGAAGCCCCAUCUCUCCACAGUCUGUUUCUGUGACAAGCAGGGCUGGGUGUUCCCCCACCCCCAAUAGAGGAUCCUGAAGCUAGCAGUAAUGGGUAAUGUCAUUCUGCUGUCACUGCUGUAUACAGGGAUCCAGCCAACCUCCUAUAUUCUGUAGCCCUCACACCUCAGAAGCACUUUUUAUUUCUUCCUACAAAGUGGCUAUAACAUGGGCAAAUUCUUAAGGCUAUGCAGACACACAAAGCUCCGUGCUCUGUUCUCUGCAUGUCCCUUCCCCAGGAACCUAUUCCUGGCCUCUGACAUCUUUUCCAGGCCCCCCAGUGAAGCAAGAAUUGGUCUCCUGCAAGAUGUGCCGCAUCGAGUCAUUCUUCCGCAAGAAUGGGGCCUUCGCACUGCUUGAUCCUCGCGACCUGGCCCUCUGACCUUGCCCAGGCCCUGUGGCCACAUUUUGGGCCUUUCUGAAACUACUGCUGACCCGCAGGUUGCCCUCUUGCUUUUUUCCUUGACCCGACCCUUUGAGGACCCAGCAGUGACGAAGGAAGAGAGUGCUACUCAUCAGUCGUCGUCAGCUCCUUGGCGCCAGGGGGCCACAGUAGCUCCUGAAAGUUCUGGGUGUUCCUGGGGGAAAGAGUGGCCUGUCAAACCAGAUGCAAGGGACAAGGGGCCCCAUCCUACAGCCCACCUAUCACCUCUCUCUCUACCGCGCCUCACCUGGCCCUGAGGGCCCACAGCCGCCGGGUCCUUUCCUGGUGCCCUUGUUCCAGCUGUUCUCUCAGGGCGCGCCGCUGCCCGGCCAUGUCCUGCCAUGCGGAGCGCUGAGCGCCUCCCCAGCCCCAGCACCCGCCUCCCACGCUCCACCUGGGAGUUACUGCCCACGCGUGCCGCCCUCGCUUCGGACCCGGGCUGGGUCCGUGGGGCCCCACUGCCUUCUCCUGGGGGCCUUGACUGUGACCAGAGCUGAGCCAGGCUGGGCGGAAGGCCCGGGGGUAGACCCGGCAAUGGCGGUUCCUGGCGAUGCCGAAGCGCUCCAGGACCUGGGGAGGCUGCAGUCAGCCCCUAGCCGCCUCUCGGCGCCGCAGGCAGCCCGGCCCCUGCUCAUUCUGAAGCGGGGACACACCCGGAGCCGCUGCUGCUCGCGGUCCCGCCGCCGCCGACGCCUGGCCGCGCCGUGCAGCUCCAGCAGCCGCUGCAGAGCCUCCUGCUGCUCCGCGCUCACGCCCACCGGCUCCGACCCCUUUGGGGCCUCGGGGCCACUCCUCCGCUCCCCGAGGGCAUCAGGGAACCUAGCCUCUCCCACAUGCCGCCCUGCCCGGCCAGGGCCUCCCCCUGGGCCCGGCAGCACGAGUGGUUGGCGCACCAGCUCCAGGGGCCCAGGGAGAGCCGCAGGAAGCGCCUGCCGCCCAGAGUCCCCAGGGCAUAGUGCCUCGGGCAUCAUGGCGCUGGGGCCUGGGAGCUGAGCCCCGGCCAAGGGUCUCAGGCUCUGAAGUGCAGCCCACGCCUCCUCCCCGGCGGUCCCUGGCUUUGCCAAAUCUGGUCUCUGGCCUUGAGUCUUGCCUGGCAUCAGCCCGGCGCUCCUUCCCGCUGGGCUUACGCUGUUCCUUUCCCUAAGCUGCCCGAUCUGUUUUCCUAGGGACCUGCAGAAGUCUUUUGGGUUGGCCCAGGGAGCCGCCUUGCUGUACUGUCUCCUCUCCCUGAGCCAGGCUUGUGGGAUACUGCCUUCAGAAGACCAAGCAUGUUCCCUUUCCUAACUCUGAGGCCUCUUCUUUCUCUGGCACUUGGGCCUAUUUUCUCUUUGAUGUCGAGGAGCCCCUUUAUUCUUACUCUGGGUUGCUUCCCAGCUCCGACCCUGGAAUGUCUUCUCUUUCUGACACUGAGAACUUCUUUGUCCUCACCUUGGGAGGCUUCCCCUCUCUGACCCUGAGGGUCCUCCCCUCUCUGCCUCUGAGGACUGUCCGUCCUCUGCAGUUUCUGAAGUUCUAUUCCCUCAUGACCCAGGCUUGAGCCCAGCCUCUCGGGAGCAUCAUGGAGUUCUGGCAGGCCAUGGGCAGGCAGGUCAGAGGGUGCUGGGGCUCCCUGAGUGAGCUCUGUCUUCCAUGGACUCCUGGAUGGCAAUCCACAGGGCCUCUAGGUGGCAGGCUCUGUGUGGCUCCCCUCCUCCCUCUGGACCAGAUCUUGGGAAGGAAGAGCUCUUGGUGAGCCCAGAGUUGAGGGAAUCCCACUCAGGACCACUUUCCCUGAGGAACCUGUAGACCCCAGGGGCUGACCCCUGCCAGAUUCCUGAAUUUGUUAAACCCUCCAUGUGCCGUGUAGAGGGUGCUUCUCCACCUGGCCAGGAAAGGUAGCCCCACCUCACCCCAGCAGCCCCCUCCUCCACCCCCAACCUGAGACAGCCCUUGCCAGGACCUUGGACUCUGAGCUUCUUGGCUCCCCAGAGCUCCUGCUGGUGGUGGAGUUCAGCUCUUGUAAAGAACCUGAGGGAAAAAGACCAGUGUUGGGAGGCUCUGCUCAUGUCCCAGCCCCCCACCUGAAUGGAGCCACGAAGCCUAGAUAGUCCUCAGAGCAUGGCUGGGGGUGCCCCGAGGCAGCUAUUUAAAGUUAAAAGGUGGUCACAAUUCAUCAUUCCACCUUUGUUUGCACAGCUGGCCACAAGCUUGCUUGUCAGGUGCAUCCACCAACAGCACAGGCCAUCUCCUGCAUAUCCCUAGCCAAGGCCAGACACUCCCACUUUGUCCCUGCGUGCUUAUCAGGCCCAGAGAAGAAACCCACUGUAUGUGCCUUACUGUCAUUAAGGGAAAUCUUUCCUAGCUUUUUGUUUCUGACAGUAAAAUCAAAUGAAAUUCAAGAAAUGAAAUUUUAGCCCGGUGUCUGGCCUAGAAACUUUAAGUCUUCAUAAUUAACAAAAGAAAUCUAAAAAGAGAGAUGAUAUGUUGCUGCUCCCCUGCAGCUGCAGAGGAAAGAGUUGUUCGGCAUCUAUAAAACUAAAAGAAACUGAUUUCUUAAGAUCUUAAAUUGAGAACUUUCACAAGAAUAUUUCAGCUUGUUCUUUUUGUGAAUAAUAUUUCAUCUUAUUCACAUACAGGCAUGUGAAUAUUCAUUGCAGUAACCAAAUGGGUAAGCUCUCCAAAAAUAAAUUUGAUUUUCAAAGAGUUUUUUGAACAAAGGAGUUUUUUAGGACACCCGGGCCUUUAGAAAUGAUUGCCACAAACUGUGAAAACAACCUCCCCUGCAAUUCUGAUCUAUUGUCUUGCUAGAGAAUGUAUUUCUCUGGUAAUAAUGUUAUAAUUGAUAUCUCUGUCUUCUCAAGAGAGAAAAUACUUGUAAAAACUUCUCUGUCAAUCAGAAAUUAAUCAUUGGCACUUUCCUCUUCUCUCAUGUGCAUGAUGGAACAA